UCCGUUGAUAAAUUGAAUGAAAAAAUCUAUAAAAGUACUUUCAAGUGAUUGUGGCAGUGAAGUUAAAAAAACAAUAUACCACAGACUAACAAAGAAAAAUAACUGUGAACUUUUUAAAAAUCGAAAUACCACAGACUAGAAACUAAAGGUCAUCGCUGUGAACUUUAAAAACACCACAGACUAAAAAACUUGAGCGCGCUUUUUCCACCGUGGCAUUUGACGAAGCGCCUAUCAGCAGCGGGCCCUGCUUGCUGCAAUCUACCAGUUCCCGUCAGUGCUUAGCAUGUGCACACAAAGCUAAGCUACGGUCUGGGACCGCCCCGGAGUUAAAGUUAGAUGCUAGUACCCUUGUUCCUAAGAUAAAGGAGGCAGAGAGUGUAGAAAAGGAGAUAAAGGAGGUUAAAGAGACUUGGAGGGAUUGGGAGGCGGUUGAGACGGGUUGUCAAACGGAUCCGGCUGUGUUGGAGGUGCGGUCGGAACCGUUGAGGAAGAUGGCGGCCAAGCCGGAUAGCGCGGUUCAGGAGGCGCUCGAGGACCGGGACCCGAAUAACUUGAACACGCAUGUGCAGAUAGUAUGGGACGACAUAAUCGGCGAGCCAGAAGGGGCCCGCAGCCCAGAAUGCGCGUGGAGGCUGAGCAACGCCUGUUUCAAACAUACUAGGAACUGGUGCUACACGAUACUGGCUGUCCUUAUAGCACCGCCAUGUGCUCUAAUAUUGGGAUGCGGCUUUGCCUGCCUUGCCUUUGAGCAAAUCUGGUGCACGGGUCCAUGCCUCCGCUGCGUCAAGAUCUACUUCGCGUCAUUCCGUACCAUCGUGCAAUCCUGCAUGGCAGCUACCGUGGUACCAACUUGUGAGGCCAUCGGACAUAUUUGUCGGCAUAUUCGGGUUAACUUCAGGAAAGAGGCACCCGAAGAAAAGGAUAUGCUGGUUGUGUAACUCUUAAGACUUAAUAUUGUGACGUUCCAAGGUUUCAAUGAUCUAUAGCUAUUCGCAUAAGGACCCGUCUAUUUGGAAAACCUCAUAUUUGAAAAAGGCUAGGGUAGAACUCCCAUCUGCCUGCCUAAGACAUACGUACUUAUGUAGAUCUACUUUUUCUUUACAAACGAUUUUUUUGAGGCAACAACUGCAACUACUUCAUGCAAUCCUGCAUGGCCGCUACCGUGGUACCAACUUGUGAGGCCAUCGGACAUAUUUGUCGGCAUAUCCGGGUUAACUUUAGAAAAGAGGCACCGGAAGAAAAGGACAUGCUUGUCAUUUACUUAACUUUAAACUUUACAAUGGUGAAUCUAAAGUAGUUAUUUAAGUUCCAUAUAAUGCCAUUCUGUCUGUCUAUUCGUGUCCCAUACCAAACGUAAGAAUAAACUUGUAUGUUUAUUUGGUAGCAUAAGUAUGUAUAUGUCUCAUAUUAACUUUAGAUUUAAGGUCAGUAGGGUUAUUUGCGUCUGGUAGGGUAAAUGCGUCUUGUGAAGAUAUCUUCUAAACGGAACAUUUACUCCUCUAGACGCAAAUGCUCUUACAAUAUAAUAUUCCGGACGUGCCUUUAAGAAAUAUAGGAACUACGCAUUAUGAUUAUUUAUUAAAUGAAUACUCAUGUUUAAGCAAAUUCAAACUUGUGUCUUCACUGUUUCGAUAUUGUAGAUACUGGAGCAUCAUACUCGUAGGUACUCGUUUAAGGGACCGUCCCCACUCAAGAGACGCAUGUCCUGAGGCGCGGAACGGACGUCCGCGCCACGCCGUCUGAAUGUAAUUUAAAAAACGUCUCCUCAGUACAUUUUGUAUAGGAAGGACGCCCAAGGGACGCGCAAGAGACGUCUCUUGGCGCGCUCCAGACGGCGCGGCCAUUCCGCACCUAAAGACAUGCGUCUCUUGUGUGGCAUCCCCACACCCCUAAGAAAGAACUUAGGUGAAGGUAGGUAUUUUUAUAGUUAGGUGCAUAUAAUUAAUUAUGAAUAUGAAUUGUAUUUAUUUGGACAUAGUUAAAAAUCUUGUUAAGGGUAUCUAAUUAUCAAAUUUUCUUAUAACAUUAAAUCAGUAGU